AUGGCUUCUGCAAUUCUGAGUCUUCAGCUUCUGGUCGUUAUCCUCUGUGCCACUGUUUGUCCUUCACAAUCACAAACCCUGAGCGUUGUCGUCACCUACGAGGGUGAAGGAAGACAGGUUCAGAGCACUGAGGGCACAGACAUUGAUCUUCUCUGCCAAGUAGAAAACCUAAACGGCCGAUUUGUCGCUUGGUUUCAAGGGACUACUAAUCGAAUCACUCAAAAUGAAAAAUAUCAACUGACAGCUAAUGAAACUACAGGCAUGUAUACACUGAAAAUACUAAAUGUAACACGUGUGACUGACAGUGCAACUUACUUCUGUUUAGUUUUAGACUCGGAUGAUGCUCCAUUCCAAUCUUAUGUUGAAAGGGGAAGCAUUUCGGUGCAAGUCUUCUAUUUCCCAGAUGCAGGGAAUCCAAAAUGCUACGGCCAAUCAGUCAUACAAGAAGGAGUUACUCAAGGAUUUAACUGUCAGAGCCAAACUGGUGAACCUCCCGUUGUUGCAGAGUGGAGGCGAGAUAUGGGAGUCAUUGAAACUGGCAGUAUAUCAACAGGCGCAUACGAACCGGCAAAUGGAACGACAUAUUCUGACUACACCAUUGUGCCCACAAAAGCCGACAUAGGUGUUACCUUAACAUGCAAAAUAACAAGUUCUGAUUUUCCGGGAAUGACGUCAUUGUGUACAAUUGGACCUCUGGUUGUCCAGUUCCGUCCCAGUGAUGUUGCCAUCACCGACACGACCUACUCACAAGAUAACACAACAUACGAUGCCCUAUCCUGUAACGCCACCGCAUAUCCACCGGACAUUUCCUACAGCUGGAACUUCAACACACCGCUGGACUCCUCCCAACAGCUGAUAACUGAUGACAACCAGACGCUGGUCAUUCUUAACGUCACCUCGUGCGAGACUACGAUAAUAGCUACCUGCAUCGCAGUCAACGACAUCGGAAGCGGGUCUGUAAACUUCACCCUCUGUGAGCCCCCACCACUGCCAACCACCGAAGUCACAACACUUCCAGACACUACAACUGAGAUUGCCGAACUGCCUUCCACAGGAGCUUCCGUGAUCACUGCGAGUCCACUGCCAUUGGAGACGGAGCCCCCGACUACGGAGCCCCCGACUACAAAAGCCAACAAGACCAUUACAGAUCCUCCAAUCGGCCUGACUCCUGCCUUGUACGCCAUCAUCGGUUGUGGAGCGUUCAUAAUCCUUGCUUUGUUCAUUGGCGUGUGCUGUUUUGUGGUGCAGAAAGGCAGCCAGACAGAUGAUGAGGAUCAGGAUGAGACUGUGGAGAAAACAUUCCAACCAAAAAACGUCAGAUCCUUAUCCAUCGCUUACAUAGAAGAAGAUGAUGCGGAGCCCUUCGAAAUAGGAAUGACUAACCUAACCUUUGUAGAAGAGGCUGAUGAGAAGGAGCAAGAUGGUCUUGAGAAGAGUCCUGAGGAGAAUAAAUACGUGAAUGCUCCCUUGCAUGUUCCUACCGACGAUGCUACGCCUGAAGACAUCCAGACAGAGAGUCCUACUGUUGACACCUCAUCAUAUGACAAGGGCAACGAGACUGCCCUUGAGAACGAGGAAGGCAAACCUAACUCCGUUAGUGACAAGCCUGAGGAAGCUGAAGGUGACGGCAUAGAUGACGAUCGCCAUGAUGAUGAUCUCCAGGACAACAAUCGUCAUGACGAUGGAGAUGAUGGCACCACAGACAACAAAGACAAGGAUGGUUACGAAAAGAUGGCGUUUCCGUCAAUCGACGACAAUCGUCAUGAUGACGGAGAUGAUAGCACCACAGAUAACAAAGACAAGGAUGGUUUCGAAAAGAUGGCGUCUCCCUCAAUCGACGACAAUCGUCAUGAUGACGGAGAUGAUGGCACCACAGACAACAAAGAUGACGACGAUAAUGAAGAAAUGGUGUCUGCAUCCGUGGAAGAGGGAACAGAGGAUAAUAGGAAGAGCCUGGUCCAGGAGGCACUGCUUGCUGUGCAGGUAGGCAGCUCAAAGACAGACAGUUUGGCCAGGGCGGGUCACAAAGUCCCCCAAGAGGUGGAAAUCUGAACUGAUUUUCUAAAUGGAUAAUGACAAAUGAUUAGAUUGAAAGAUACGUGCCAAUCAGAAGUAAUGUAAAUAC